AUGUCUGGCCGCGGUAAAGGUGGUAAAGGACUUGGAAAAGGAGGUGCCAAGCGCCAUAGAAAAGUUCUCCGUGAUAACAUCCAAGGUAUCACAAAGCCUGCUAUUCGCCGUCUUGCCCGUCGUGGUGGAGUUAAACGUAUUUCUGGACUUAUUUAUGAGGAGACUCGAGGAGUAUUGAAGAUUUUCUUGGAGAAUGUCAUCAGAGAUGCUGUUACAUACUGCGAACACGCCAAAAGAAAGACCGUUACUGCCAUGGAUGUCGUUUAUGCCUUAAAGCGUCAAGGCCGUACCUUGUACGGGUUCGGAGGAUAA